AUGGCCGAUUUCUUUCCACUGGGCAUCCACCGCCCCUCUGCUCUGCCCUGUCUAAUCUCCGAGUCUGUCCUACCUGAGAAUCCAACACCAAACGACUACGUCUGGAAAGUAUAUCCAGGUCUCUCGGACGAUGCUGAACACGAAGUUCUAUACACAUCAAACUGUGUUGUAUGGUCACAGGAUGGUCAUGUUCGAAAGGUCUUCAAAUUCGAUUCAAUAAAACAGCCUGUCAGCCAUGCUCUGAUAACCCGAUUUCGCCAUGACCCGCUACUCAAGCCAUCUACCUCCUCUGCAGCGUCAAGUCAUGUUAUCUCGUAUGCCGCAACAGCCUAUGCAUCCAGAUGGGGUACAAGGCCUCAGCGUGAUCCCCGUCAUCUGCUCGCUUCAGGCAAUAGCGACCCACGCGGCUUCAAUCGUGCUUUGGUCAUCAUCUUGAAGUCUGAGAUGCACAUCCAUUAUCUGUCCGGCUCAAAUCAUGUCCUGAACGUGCCCUUCGACGUCGAAAAGGCCUUUCCUGCCAUCGAUGGUCUGGUCGUGCAGAGAAAAGCUGCUACGAUUACCAGAGAGCCUCCCACCCCUACCAUGCCUGCUCCGCCUCCAAACUCAUUUGCUUCCAACCAGCCGUACUUGUUUUCUCAACCAAAAUCUCCUGAGUUGAGGGCCAAUCGCUAUCGUCCAAGUGUUCUGCCUCCUAGCCCGUCGACUCACUUCAAUCUCGACGCCUUAUUUCAGGAUCUGAAUAAAGGCUCAGGGUCACAGAUGACUGAUGAGCUACCUCGGUUUUAUUCUCUGGAGAAUCCACUGUCAGAUCUGGCCCCCGUGUCACAUGCUAGCGUAUGUCGCCAACCUCGAUUCCCUCGUCCUGGAGCUCCGAACGGUCCUAUUGUCGAGUAUGACAUGCUUGACCCUGCGGAAGAGCUUGUCUAUGUGUCUUCUCAGGACGAGCUUGCUGAGACUGCAGACUCUGAAGAUGCUCCACUCUUUCUGAUGGUUACUGUCAACAGAGAAUUGGGCCAAAUCACUGUCUGGCAGGCAUGGUACCUGCAGCCUCCCAAACUCUCUGACCUGCUAUCACAGCGCGCAGCACACCAGGCAGCUAAGGCUAAGCGUCCUAGCUCUGUGAUGACUGGCCGUACAGCGGGUGCCACCACACCCGCUCUGAAGCACCGUGAUCAUCGUGACAGAGUGCGAGAAAGUUUUGCUGCCUCUAUGAGGUUAUCUGUCGCUUCAACCACAAGACCGUCACAAGAUGAUGAAGAGGUUAUGGCAUCGCAAAUGGAUCCAGAGUAUCUGCUCAAGAAGCCUGCUGGUGGUGUCAGACGGGUCAGUUCCAUUCUCUCGCGUGGUGACGUUGGCAAUUCAGAUCCGUCGAUCAAGCAAACCGCCCUCGGUGCUAGUCUCAGCGGCGCUGGCCGCAGGUAUCCGUCGAUGGGAAGCUUUACUGAUCGCGACCGCCGGAGUUUUGGAAACAAUCAGGUGCUCCGUAAAAGUCGGGCGUCAACACCGGGAAGCCUCUUCAGCAAAAGCAUUGGGCCAGACGAUGCCACUGAAAUCGAAAAUAGUCGAAUGCAAGACUACACUGACGAGUACGAGAGUGCUGAACGACUGAUUGGAGCUACUCACAAAUCUGCCGGUACAGAGUCUGUGCUGGGCUCUUCGCCUGAUGGGCUCAGAAAAGAGCUGGUCAUCCGCAAGCUCGAUGUUUUCAUGACUGAUGUGUCGAAUUUUGGAUCUGCCGCGAUUGAGGAUCUUAUCAGGGUCUCUCCGCUAGUCCACCCCCCUCAAUCUGACCAAAGCAGUUCUUUGAUCUCACUAUACAUCCUCGACGCGUCAUCAAAGUCCAUGACAACAGUCAAAUUGCGCAUGGUCGCUAGUUCUCUCUCUGCCAUCAUCGCCCAACUUGGACACUGGCUUUCGCUUGAUUCGUGGUCUCACAAAGCAGGAUCUUACCGUGAGGCCGAUAGCGAGAUUGGUGACUGGGAGUUGUCUUCGUCUACGAUGAACACAACUGUCAAGGCUUUGCAGAGCACCUGUCCUCUUCCUCAAUCUGUCUUUGCUUGGGUCGAGAAGAACUUUAUUCAGGGGGUGCCUGAACAAUUCUUGGAUGUCGAAACUGUUGCCUGUCUGUGGACAGAUACGUCGCCUGGUCCGGCCUCAAAACUCACAGAAGAGGUUCUACCUCGAUUGACCUCUCUACAGUCAUUGGCUGCUCACUUCUCUGCGAUCAAAACCUCGCCAAGUGCUUUGGUGGAAACGAUGAAGCAAGCCAAACUCGGUUCCGGAGCCUUCGAAACCCUGCCUGAAGGCGUACUUGCUCCGCUCCGGGAAGCUAUCAGCCGUUGUCAGACAGCCCCUCCGACAACAUGGACUCCAGACCUUCUAGAGUUCGUCGCGCGUGAAGAUUUGAUUGAAUUGUCGCAAUUCAACAAGGACGCCAGUCGCCCAUCCAGUCGAGGGGCGCCAAAUAACGUGCUAGUUCCACAUGAUGUGCAGACCAUUUACAGUUCUGCCGACCGUGCUCCUCUCACAGCCAAAACGCACGAAGCAGAAAGACACGCGGUGAUAUCGCUCAUUUUCUCCGAAGAUCGACGCUUUGUUGAUGCUGCUCAGUUGAUGAACCCAACUGCAGUCCAAGUCGCCGAAUGUCCGCCUCAACCAGAAUGGUCAGAAGUUGAGCAUCUGGAACAGCAGAAGCGAGUCAUGCAAUGGGUGAUGAUACGUACGCUUGCGUUGUCCCCCGGCGAUGGUAUGAUCCACUUCGAGAGUCAGCGUCCUCUACUCUCUGAGAAGUUCCAUAUCAAGGGCUUUAGUACAUCAUGUCAGAUGAAGCCGAUGGACAAUACCAUCAGCGCGGACCGAAGUGGUUUCACCGAGGAGAAGUUUGCCUGGACAUUCUUCCACGCUGGUGUCUCUGCAGGGUUAAGCAUCUCGCGAAAUGCUACCGGCAUCGAUACUUCAUGGAUUGUAUUCAACAAGCCUGCGGAACUCAACAAUCGUCAUGCUGGAUUCCUUCUCGCUCUUGGUAUAAAUGGUCAUCUGAGAACUCUUGCUAAGUGGCUUGCAUUCAAGUAUCUAACCCCUAAACACAAUAUGACCUCUAUAGGUCUUCUGCUGGGGUUGUCAGCAUCGUAUCUCGGUACCAUGGAUACUCUGCUUACUCGGAUGCUGUCUGUACAUAUCACGAGAAUGCUUCCUCAUGGUGCUGCCGAGCUCAACGUUUCGCCAAGCACACAGACUGCUGGGCUAAUGGGUAUUGGACUGGUGUACUACAACACGCAGCAUCGACGAAUGAGCGAGAUUAUGCUCUCUGAGGUCGAACAUCGUGAGAUCGAAGACCCAGGGAGCACAAUGGACCAGUUACGUGACGAGUCAUAUCGACUUGCUGCAGGUUUUGCUCUUGGAUACAUCAACAUUGGGAAGGGUCGAGAUCUUCGUGGUCUCCAUGGCAUGAAUCUACUGGAACGUCUAUUGACAGUAGCCAUUGGUCCUCGACCUGUCGAACUUGUUCAUGUCGUUGACAAAGCCACUGCCGGUGCGGUCAUUGCAAUCACUUUGAUCUAUAUGAAGACCGGAGACCAAUCCGUGGCACGCAAGAUCGACAUACCUGACACCAUUACCCAGCUCGAGCAUUGUCGUCCGGACAUGCUGCUUCUCCGGACUGUUGCAAGCCACCUCAUCAUGUGGAACGAAAUCACUGAUGAGCCCGAUUGGAUCCAGAAGAAUCUUCCUAGCGAGUAUGCACACCGUUACUAUGGCCACAAUUCAAGGAAUUCGAUGGAGAUGAUGACCUUGCCCCAACUACGAAGCAAGGAUGUGCCAGUGUUCAACAUAUUAAGUGGUCUUGCCUGGAGUCUAGCCCUUCGAUUCGCAGGUAGUGGUAACGAGCGAGCGAGAGACCAAGUCAUUGCAGUUCUGAAAGCAUUUAUUGCUGUUUCCAAGCAAGAUGCAUUCUUCUACGAUGCGAAAUUGACCCGAGCAACGGUCAAGCGCUGUAUCGAUGUAUUGGCUCUCGCUAUGGCUACGAUCAUGGCAGGUACUGGUGAUCUCCAAAGUUUCAGGUAUUUACGUUCACUGCAUGGCCGAGUCGACGCAGAAACAACGUACGGAUCGCAUCUUGCAGCUCAUCUUGCGAUUGGCACGUUGUUCCUAGGUGGUGGCACAUACACGUUUGGCACGUCCGACUUUGCGAUUGCGUCUUUGAUGUGUGGGUUCUAUCCCCUCUUUCCCAGCGAUGUCCUUGACAACAGAGUACAUUUGCAGGCGCUUCGACAUCUCUGGGUCUUCGCUGCAGAGCCUCGUUGUAUCGUUGUACAAGAUGUCGACACGAAGCGGCCCAUCCAUGUCAAGCUCCGAGUCGUGACACAAGACGGCAGACAGAAACACAUGACUUCUCCAUGCUUGCUGCCAGAACUGAGUACAAUCUCACGUAUCAGCACAGACGAUCCCACUUAUUGGCAAGUCACACUCGACUUUGCAGCGAAUCCAAAGCAUCUCGCCACAUUCCGCCGCUCGCAAACAGUCUAUGUGCGCCGUUGCCCGCCAGGAGAAGCGUCAAACAGUGUCUUCAGCACCACUUUAUCGGCACUGGUCGAGGCCCAGUCGAGUAUCGGCGGUCGCCAGAUGUGGGAGUGGAUCUGCAACCUGCCUGCCUUCCAAGACUUUGAUCAAGCAGACUUUGGCUUGGUCUUGCCUUCUGACCCACGCAGCGCGACGCACAUGGAUGAAAAGUUGACGUCUGUGGAUAGUAGAUUGGCGUUGAUUCGGAGUGUGGACUCUGGAAAGGCGGAUGCGCUGUGGAGUCUGAGGUUGCUGUUUGCGUGGGCUCAGGAUGCAGUGGAUAAUGGAGAUGGGAGACUGAGAUGGUUAGGCAAGCAUGUGGUUGAUAUGUUGCGGGCGAAAGUGGCAGAGAGGACGGAUGCCACAUAG